CCUGGGCCCCAGCAAGUCUAAGGCAGGCUUUGCUUAGUGGACCCUCUGAAACUUGCUUGUGGCCCCACAGGGGGCCCCGAACCAUUGGUUGAGAACGAGUGUGUUAAGAUAUGUAUUCUGGAUUUUCUCUUUGGUGCAUAUUCUGUGGUAUCUGGGCACCUGGCUGUAGACAAUAAAUUUCUUGGUGUGUCUGGGAUGAUAACUGAAUCUGUGGAGGUGAGUGUGGUGAUCUGUGGGUGUCUUGUAUUUAGUUUUCUGUAGGUUUCCAUUGUUGAUGCUGAUCAUGGUGUUCAGAAAGUUGAUGCUGGCGUGGGAGUGUUCUAGAGAGAGUUUGAUGGUUGGGUGUUGGUUGUUGAAGUGGUGGUAGAAAUCUAUGAGGGAGUUUAGGCCAUCUGUCCAGAGGAUGAAAUAUCAUCAAUGUAUAUUAGAUAUAUCAUUAGUUUUGCAGUGCGUUUUCUCCAGAAAUUCUUCCUCAAUGUGGCCCAGGGAGAGUUUGGCAUAUUGGGGAGCCAUCCUAGUACUCACAGCUGUUCCCAUGGUUUCGCCAAAGUGUUAAUGUAAAGGUGUUAUGGGUGAGGAUGAAAUGGAUGAGUUUGGCUAUGUGUUUGGGGUGGAUUUCUGAGCAUUGUCCAUUGUCUUGUUAGAAAUUUAAGGCAGGCAAGCGUCACCAUCAUGGUGAGGGAUGUUGGUUUAUAGGGAGGUGACAUCUAUGGUGGCAAGUAUGGUGUUAAUGUUGUAGAGUUUCUGCAGGAAAUGGGUUGUGUCCUGGAGGAAACUGGCUGUUUGUGUGGUGAGUGGUUUGAGGAUGGUCUUUGAGUCCUGAUAUUCCUUCAGUCAGAGUGCCAUGGCCAGAUAUGAUAGGUCUGCAUAGGUUCCCUUGUUUGUGUAUCUUGAGGCGCAUGUAGAAGUUUGUGGGGGAUGAGGUUGUAGAGUUUCUCUUGGAGUUGUUUGGAGGUAGGAUUUGGUGAUAUCCUUAAAUUCCUGUGUGAAUUGUGGUGUGGGAUCUUCUUUGAGUUCUUUAUAGUAGAUGGUGUCUGAGAGCUGUUGGUUGGCGCAGUCAUCAUGAUUGACCACUAUGAUGGCCGCCCUCUUUGUCUGUUGGUUGGAUUUCAGAGAGCAUAUAGCUAUCCUCUAGGUGGUGAAGAGAUUGUGAUGGAUGUCAUGUUUAAGGAUUUCACUUGAUUAUUUUUCCCUCUUGGAACAGUCGAUGUUAGGAUCAAGUAAGUUUGUGUGGUUUUGUCCACUGGGGAGUGGACAGACUUUUUUCUUGUAACUGUCAGCGGGGAUGAUGUAUAUUGUAUUCUGGACAUUCCACACUGAUCCUACUGAGACGCUGUAGCAGUUCUAUUUUAUAAAGCUUCCUUUGUGUAUCCCCUGCAAGAUAAUGAUACUUUAUACUUAUACAGCAUCUUUCAUCUGAGGUGCCUUACAAAGGAGAUUUUUAAUUUCACGAACUUGGAGUAGCAUUACAAAUCUGGAUUCCAUGUCUUUUCUUGUAAGUAAUCCAGAACGAAUUAGGCGGUGGGUGUCCGAAAAGUUCAUUGUAGAAGGCUUGAGAGAAUUUGAACUGUUUGGAGAGCAGCCUCCGGGUGACUCUCGGAGAAAAACCAAUGAUGCGAGCUCCGAGUCGCUAGCAUCUUCCCCUAAAAGGGACACCAUGAGCAGCUUUUUACCAGACAGCAGCUGUUAUGAGUUGCUCACCAUAAUAGGCCACGGCUUUGAGGAGCUGAUGACGGUGAACCUGGCCAGGUAUAAACCAUCAGGAGAGUAUGUCACAGUCAGAAGGAUUAACCUGGAAGCCUGCACCAAUGAGAUGGUGACAUUCUUGCAGGGUGAGCUUCAUGUGUCCAAACUCUUCAACCACCCCAACAUUGUGCCGUAUAAAGCGACCUUCAUAGCUGACAAUGAGCUCUGGGUAGCGACCUCCUUCAUGGCUUAUGGUUCUGCAAAGGAUUUAAUCUGUACCCAUUUCAUGGAUGGAAUGAGUGAACUAGCUAUUGCUUAUAUCCUCCAGGGCGUUCUGAAGGCUCUUGACUACAUUCACCAUAUGGGCUAUGUACAUAGGAGUGUGAAAGCCAGCCACAUCCUGAUCUCUGUGGAUGGGAAGGUGUACCUCUCAGGCCUGCGCAGUAACCUAAGCAUGAUCAACCACGGGCAGCGGCUCAGAGUUGUCCACGACUUCCCCAAGUAUAGCAUCAAGGUCCUACCAUGGCUCAGUCCUGAAGUCUUGCAGCAGAAUCUCCAGGGUUAUGAUGCAAAAUCCGACAUAUACAGUGUGGGGAUAACAGCCUGUGAACUGGCAAAUGGCCACGUCCCAUUCAAGGACAUGCCUGCUACUCAGAUGCUGUUGGAGAAGCUGAACGGAACUGUUCCAUGCCUGCUAGACACCACCACGAUCCCUGCCGAGGAGCUGACCAUGAAAACAUCCCGCUCGUGUGCUAACUCCGGGAUUGGUGAAGGGAUGGCAGUUAGCAACGUGAGGGCAGCCAAUGGGGAGUCAACACUGCACCCUUACCAUCGGACUUUUUCACCCCACUUCCAUCACUUCGUAGAGCAGUGCCUUCAGCGUAACUCCGACUUGAGGCCAAGUGCAAGCACCCUGCUGAAUCAUUCCUUUUUCAAGCAGAUCAAACGUCGUGCGUCCGAAGCACUUCCUGAACUAUUGCGCCCUGUCACACCAAUCACCAACUUCGAAGGUACACGGCCACAGGAUCCCAGUGGCAUUUUUGGACUGGUAUCCAGUCUGGAACAGCUAGAGGUGGAUGACUGGGAAUUCUAGAGCAACGUGGCAAAUAAUACAGUUCCAAGCCCUUGAAGGAGCUUUCUGGACAUAGUAAUUUAUUGACCCCUCUCAAAUGAAGCCGCGAUGAAUGUUACAUGCAGAAGAGUUUACAUGACUAUGGUAAGGAACUUCACCUGUUUACUUGAGGAGUAGAGCCUGGAAUCACCCUUAGACAGAAACUAGCUGGAAAAAGGGAUCUGUUUGUAGGAAAUGCUGAAUGUUUCCUGCUUGGUGCCAGGAGCCUCCCAGCUCUUGCUAUUAAGCACCAGGUAUAGGCUGUAUUCGUUUCGCUUGCCAGAGUUGAGUCAGUCCCAAUUUGUUGGUCUCCAUACACGUCGUUUUCCCCAUGUUACUGACUCUCUAAUGUUCAGAGGGUUCUGUGUGUCUUUAGCCUAGCUUUAGAUAGUCCCUUUGUUUUGUUCCUUUACAAGGGUGCCUUUGAGACAAAUGUGGGAGAGGGGAGAAGGAAUGCAACUCUUCUUAGACUUGGCGAUCCAGAAGAGAAUGUCCAGGUUAUCACCGUGGCAUUCUUCUCACGGGGUCACUCUUUUGGCAAUAACAGAUGUAGCCUGCUGCUUUAUUGAGAGGAAAAUGGAAGACCAGACAGCACUGGAAAAAGGUGUCCCCUUCUAUCCCAGCCAUGCUCGGAGGCUUGGAGAUUCCUCUGCAAGGCUGCAUUCGUCUCUUCAAGGAGACGGGUAGAUCUUUGUUGUUGUUUUUUUUAAACUCUUGCCAUGUGGUGCUGAAUGCCCUGACGUGCAGGUCAGAAGAGCUUCUGGGACUAACCAGCUGCUCCUGCCCCUUCAUGUAGCCACCUCAGCCACCAGCUGCAUUUUUUAAAAGUAAGAUGUAGUUUUGAAUGUCUUUGAGACGGCACCAUACUAUAUUUUACAACAAAUGCCAUUUGUCUGGCUGGUCUCCUCCUGCAGCAAGGCUAAUGUCACUACAUGAAACGUGCUGGCCAGCUUCUGUUUCUGAGAACCUACCAUGGGAGGGGGAAAGGUAAGUUGGGAGCUCGCUCUCUGUGUGCUGCUUUCUGUGCAACUCUGUGCCCUGCCAUGGGCAGACCCUCUGCUGCUGUGGCAGCUCUCCCUUCAGUGUGGGGGUCCGGUUCUCCAGACUGCAUUUUAAGGCCUUUUGUUCAUCCUUUCUAAGCAUCAUGGAUCUUCCUUCUCAAUGAAGCACUGAGAAUCCGGUCCUGUACUGGUGGUCACCGAGAGCAGUGGUGCUGGCAACAAGUCCUUUUUGUGUUUAUAAACUGUACUUGAACCCGAAUAAAGUUUGUUACUCUAGUUUUGUUGCCAAAACAAAUAAAAAUGUAAGUAUUUCUGAA